AUGGAUCUAAGGCAACGUCGAAAACCGAUUAUACCCAUUGAUAUAGUUCGUGAUUUAGAUGCAUUUGUUAAAGUUGAGAAUGAUUUCAAGCAACCGACGACAACAGGAGGAACGAUUUCGAUUAUCACGUUUAUUGUUGUUAUUUGCUUAAGUAUUAUACAUAUCGCGACAUUCCAAAGUAGUACACUUCGAUAUGAUUAUGAUGUUGAUUGGGAUCAUGAUAGUAAACUUAAAAUUAAUGUUGAUAUGACGGUAGCUAUGGGCUGUUCAUUAAUUGGUUCAGACGUACUUGAUGUUACUAAUACAAAUCCAUUGGAAAGUGGAAACCUCCAAGAAGAAGAUACAUGGUUUGAAUUAUCUCCUCGACAACAAACAACAUUUAAUCGCUUGCAAACAGGUUAUAAAUUGGUACGACAAAAUUAUCAUGCUAUUCACGAUUUGCUUUGGUUAAGUGGCCAUACUAUUGAAGAACUACCUGAAAGAGAAGUAAAAAUAGAUCGACCGCCAGAUGCAUGUCGACUACAUGGUACAUUGGAAGUUAAUAAACUUGCAGGCAAUUUUCAUAUUAUUCUUGGAAAAUCAUUUUCAUUUUUUGGUGCACAUGCGCAUAUUAGUCCUAUGGGUGCUCAUGCUUUGAAUUUUUCUCAUCGUAUUGAUCAUCUUUCAUUUGGUUUACCUACACCUGGUCUUAUUCAACCAUUGAAUGGAGAUUUAAAAAUAGCAAAUACUGGUUCACAAAUAUUUCAAUAUUUUCUCGAAGUUGUACCAACAGUUGUCCAAACAAGCUAUUCAAAUGUUGAAACUUAUCAAUAUGCAGUGACAGAAAAAACAAGAAACAUCGACCAUAAUACGGGUAGUCAUGGUAUACCAGGCAUUUUUAUUCGAUAUGAAAUAAGUCCUCUGAAAAUAACUGUUAAAGAAAUUCUUCAAUCCUAUUGGUUCUUACUUAUUCAAAUUGGUGGUAUUUUCGGUGGCGUCUUUGCUACAUCCGGGAUGAUUCAUAGUUUAAUUAGUAUAAUUUAUGAUACGUUAACUAAACAAUGUUCGAACGUGCAAAAUACAAACGAUCCAAUGAGAAAAUCACUCAACGAGGAGCGAACACCAACAGUUGCUAUCGGCAUAACGUCCGAAUCAUCAUCAAUUAUGUGA